AUGUUGUUCAACUGGGGGAAGUCGCCGGAAAGUCGCCGAGGGCGGCAGAACGCCAUCUUUUUGGAGGGAGGAGGAAGACAGCCGAGUGGGAGGGGAGUGCGGGAUAAGGAGACAGAGAGGCUCGAGGGUGGCCGUGAAAGAGACGGGAGAGAGAGAUCCCGGGGGGCGUGUGCCGUGUGCGAGCUUGUCUUCCGGAGUUAA